AUGUCCACCACCACAGAAGCCGACCGACUCGCUGUCGAGAAGGCCAUUGCUGAAAAGAAGGCCGCUGAGGAUAUCGCUGUCGCGGCUUCGUUUUGGCCUACUCGAGGAGCGCGACGGGGAGUUCAGCUCCUCAACCACUCCUACGCCCCCGUCAACGUCUCCAUCGUCAACCGCGGCCACGCCAUCAUGGUGCGGUUUGAGGGCGACGCCGGCAGCGUGUCGAUCGACGGCACAGCGUACCACCUCCGACAGCUGCCCUGGCACGCACUAGUAGAAAAAGGUGACGCGCCCACAGAGCACAACGUCAACGGCCGCCAGUACGACAUGGAGCUGCACAUGGUGCACCAGAACACCCACAACAAGGCCACCGUCAUGAGCGUCUUCUUUUUAAAAAAAAAAAGGGGUGCCCAUGACCCCUUUCCGCACAAGCUGGAGGCAUACCUGGACAUGAUCGCCAAGCAGCCAGAGAGGGGGGAGGAGGUGGGCGUGGUGGACGCCCGGGGCGCGAGAGGCGGGGCUAGCAUGUACUACCGCUACGUGGGCUCCCUCACCACCCCACCCUGCUCCCAAGGGGUCAUCUCGGCCAUCGGUAAAGUGGUUCGCACCGUGUCGCGGCACCAGCUGGAGCUUCUCCGGGAGGCCGUCCAUGAUGAAAUGGAUAAGAACGCGAGGCCUCGUCAGGAGCUCAACAAUAGAGACAUCAGCAUGUUCCAGCCUAUCCAGCAGAAUAGAAAUUGAUUAUUAUGGGGUUCUUGGCUUUGAUUGGUUUGGUACUUGGGCAGCCAGAGAGAUGAAGUUGCAUAUUGUAUACCUUCUUUUGUACUUCUUUCUCUCAAUUUCGAUGUCUUAUAGCCUGUUAGAUCAACUCUAACGAAACACUUAUAAUCCAGUCCAACAUAGAAAGUUUACCCCUAUUGGAACAUGCAUUUAUCUUCCUCGAUGAGUAUGGCAGAAUCCAACCUCCGUUCGUCCUUUAAACUGGGGCUCCAUGGCUGCCAACCGACGGAGCAAGAACAGAGACCACCCUCUCCUCCUAUUUGGAGCUCCAUGGCCGCCAUUCGACAGGCGCACUGCCGUCGUUGCCUCCUCACAGCCUCACCUGGGAGAGCGCAGGCGCCAACAUCGCCCACAACCUGCCUCAUGUUCAGUCAACAAGCUGUAGUUCAAUUAGGUCCGUUGCUCCUCUUACAUGCAGAAAAUGGGAAGA